AUGAUUACCAUUUUAUCCAUUAUUUACACAGAUAUCGAACAAAGAUGUUAUUCAAGUGACGGAAAAACACUCACUAAAGUCGAUGAUACAUCAAAAUAUCUCAGAAUAUCAGCAAAAUGCGAAUUAAUACAAGACAAAUGCUUUUAUCAACUAAAUUCUUUAAUUUCAUUUUCAUUUCAAGACAAUCCUAAUUUAACAACAAUUGGAAAAGAAAGUUUUAGGGAAUGCAUUAAACUUUCAAUAAUUGAUUUAUCAUCUUGUAACAAACUUAAAAUAAUAUCUGAGGAAGCAUUUUAUCAUUGCGAAAAAGUUACUGAAAUACUUUUACCAAAAGGACUUCUUGAAAUACAAUUCCAUGCUUUUGCAAAUAAUAUAUUAGUAACAAGUGUUACAAUUCCAGCUUCUGUCGAAAUAAUAGAAUCUUUAGGGUUUCAAGCAUGCUCUAAGCUAGAAAAUGUUACUUUUGAAGAAGGUUCAAAAUUAACUUCAUUGGAAUAUUGUGUAUUUUCUUUUACUAGCAUUACUUCGUUUCAAAUUCCAGAAAAUGUCGCUAAUGUUAAUGGAGCAGCAUUUGGUGAUGCAAAAUUAACAAAUCUUACAAUUCAUCCUAAUAAUAAAUUCUUUGUAAUUGAAAACAACAACUUUGUUUUUUCUGCUCAUAAAAGUAUUUUAUUCUUUAUUUGUAACAAAACUUUUGAAACAAUUGAAAUUCCAGAUUCUGUAACAACUUUAGGGAAAUUUUUAUUCUACCGUUCUAAACUUAAAUCAAUAACAUUUUCAAGUUCUCUCACAACUAUCGAAAAUGAUUGCUUCGAAUUUUCAAAACUUGUCUCUGUUACAAUUCCAAAAAUUGUGAAUAGAAUUGAAAGUUAUGCAUUUGGUUAUUGUGAUGAUUUGAUGAAUGUUACAUUUUUAGGACUCAUUGAUUACAUUGACGAAAAGAUAUUUAUUUAUUGCGAUAAUCUCGAACUCAUUGUUUUCCCAAAUUCAUCGAUGAUAGUAAACUCAUAUCAAUUCAGUUCAAGUAAUUCUCCCAAAAUAAAGAUGUCAUAUACACACAAAUCUUUUUUUUCUUCAAGAUCAAUUCUAAGAAAUACUAUUGUUUCAAUUUCAUAUAUAAAUGAAUCAGAUCUAAUUAUUACUCCAAAGUUAUUUAUUAUGAAUUCAAACCCAACAAUAAUUUAUGAAUAUUGGGAAUACAUUAAUUCAGAUUCUCAUUCUAUUACAAUUCCUAAAAACGUAACAACAAUCAAAAAAGGCGCAUUCGAAAAUUCAAUUGUUUCUAUAAUAAAAUUUGAAUCAGAUUCACAACUUCUAGAGAUCGAGAAAGACGCAUUUAGAAAUUGUUCUAAUUUAAAUUCAUUUAGUUUUUCUUCUUCAGUUUUAUUUACUAUAGGAAUUUCAGCAUUUAAAGGAUGCAGUAAAUUGGCUUCUGUGAGUUUUGCUUCAACUAAUUUAAAUCUCAUGGGUAAUACAUUUGAAAACUGCAGCAAUUUAGUGAGUGUGAAUAAUAUUAAAGAUAUUCCUAAUAGUUGUUUUAGUGGUUGUUCUAAAUUGAAAACAGUGAAUAUAAUCGAAAAUUCAAAAGUGAUUGGAUAUAAAUCAUUUGAGAACUGUUAUUCAUUAGAGAAUAUUAAUAUUCCAUCAACUGUUGAAACUAUAUCCGAAAAUGCAUUCUUAAACUGUAUUAAACUUAAAUCAAUCACAUUUCCCCAACAAAAUUCUCUUGAGAAAAUAUCAAAUAAUUCAUUUUCUGGAUGUAAUUCUCUUCAAAGCAUUUCUAAUUUCGAAUCAGAUAAAUACAAAUGCAUUGAUAAUACUCUUUAUUAUAAGAAUGAAACAGGAAAAUAUCUAAUAUAUCAUGCAAUCAAUUCACCAGAUAAAGUUCUAAGUCUUGAGUGUAAUGUCAUCUGCAGCUAUUCAUUCAAUGAAUGCAACAACAUCAUUGACAUCAAAAUUGUUUCAGACAGUGUUUCACUGAUUGAACAGUUUUCAUUCAACAACUGCAAGAAUCUUCAACACAUCAACUUCCCUUUCUCAGUUAAAACUGUUGAAUCCAAUUCAUUUUUUGAAUGCAAUUCUAUUCGAUGUCCCCUUAUAAUUGAGAACACAACUUUUGAUUAUCUUAAAAUGAUCAUUGAUUCAGGCAUUCCUCAACGACUUCUGUUUUCAUGUGGAGUAGUUCAAGGAUCAUAUAAUAUACACGCUAUUAAGCGCAUGUUUAGCAAUUCUCCAAGUUUAUUCUGGAGACAUCUUUCUAAAUAA